AUGGUUGUCCGUUGUCCUGGAGCUGUGUUCCAUCUUCGUUGGUCAACCAGCAAUCUGGCUGCAGCACCACAUAUUCUCCACAACUAUCGCCAGAACUUGGCUUCAUUGGACGAGGCCGUCGACGGCAAACUCAGACUGCUUGCACUGGAUCGCUUGCAGCAGCCAUUCACCACCUUGAUGACCCAGCUUAAGCCACAACUACCAGUGCAGACGCACUUCGUCCUGCACGACUACUUAUACUCGAGGUCUUUCUACCUGGAGGCGAAGCUCACCGAAGACAACCAAGCCGUAAAGCCAACGCUCGUGAGAGAAUUGGAUAUCCUCCCUGGCGAACCUCUGUGUUCAAAGCAGCUCAUUGAUCUGGAUAUUGAUGGUUGGGCACUUCGUGGGUAUUCCUCGCGGGACAUCGAACUUCCGGCAAGAAAAGAUCGCCACCCACUGCUUUCAAUCCCUUCCAGGGUCACUAUCGCACACUCCGGUGCUCAAUACUUCUUCAAAGGGUUCGGUCCUGGCGGCCGAGGCAAUGUUCGUGAAUUGGCUAUCUACCGAGCGAUAGAUAAGGUUGAUGGAGAGCUUUCCCCUCGCAUCUGUCGACUCCACGGCCUCGUCGUGGACCACGACUCUGAGUCCGGGCCGCGCCUCAUUGGGAUGUUGCUCGUUUACAUCAAAGCCAAGCGACCAGGCAUACUUGGCACGUUGUACUGUGUUGCUCAAGACAGAGAAAGCUUGAAACACCUCCCUCGCUGGGCUGAUGAACUGGAGAGCAUGGUUAUCGGUUUACACGAAAGCGGUCUAGGGUGGGGAGAUGCAUCGCCCACGAAUGUCCUUGUCGAUAAGGACGACAACUUAUGGCUGGUAGACUUUGGGGGCGGUUUUACCAAUGGAUGGGUUGACGAAGACCUGGAGUCAACCCAAGCCGGGGAUCAGCAAGCACUAGGAAGGAUCAGGAAUUGGUUUGAAGAGCUGAUCGCAGGGCAAUAG